AUGCCCAAGAUUAAUGUUUCCCUCGAUGAGGAACAGAAGCUAUUCGAAGCUGAAGUUUCCACAAUUGAGAAGCAAUGGAGUUCACCGCGUCAAUCCCACCUGAAGAGACCUUACAAUGCACGUACAAUUGCUGCGCUAAGGAAUCCCAUUUCAACAUCAUCGGCGUCAUCUACACAAGCCUUGAAGCUUUGGAACCAACUCUACGAGCAUAAAAAGAAUGCUACUACCGAACUAACGUUUGGAACCACGGAUCCCGUCGUUGUGUCUCAAAUGGCUAGAACCCAGCAAACCGUUUACGUUUCCGGCGCGCUGUGUGGAUUCUCCGAAGUCGCCAUCCCCGGAAUGGACCACGCUGAUUACCCGUGGGAUACUGUGCCCAAGGUGGUAGCCAAGAUUUUCAAGUCCCAAUUGUGGCAUCACCAGAGGCAACAGCAAUUCCGUCUCCGCCAUCCUAAGGAACAGCGCGCCGAGCUGGAGAACUGGGAUUACCUCGCCCCAAUCGUGGCCGAUGGUGAUAUGGGCUUCGGCAGCUUAACAACCACCAUGAAGAUGGCCAAGGAGUUUGUUGAUGCGGGCGUGGCUAUGAUCCAUAUCGAUGACCUGGCCAUCGGCAUGAAGAAAUUCACCGUCGGUCAAGGUCGCACCAUAGUGCCGACCAGCGAGUAUCUGGACAGGCUGACUGCCGUUCGCAUGCAAUUCGACAUUAUGGGAGCAGAGACAAUGCUACUCUGCCGUUGUGACACGGAUCACUCAGAGUUUAUCACGAGCGUGGUAGAUGAGAGGGAUCACGAAUACGUACUCGGUGCGACGAAUAAAAUUGCGUCUUUGAAGGAUCACCUCGCCACGGCACAAGGUGAGGGAAAGAAUCUCAAGGCCGCGAGGGAUGAUUGGAAGGAAAAGGCCGGCCUCAAGACUUUCGACGAAGCUGUCAAGGCAGUGGCAUCGGAUAGCGAGUACGCGACAUACACUUCCGAUCUGGGGAAGCAAAAGUUCUGCUCUCUUUCUACACGCCGUGAAAUUGCGAGCAAGGCUGUCAGCAAGGAAGUUUUCUUCGAUUGGGAGCUGCCCCGUUCAGCAAUGGGCCAAUACAUGUUCCAGUCCAACGUCAAGGCCGUGAUUGAGCGAGCGAUCGCUGCCGCUCCCCUCGGAGACGUUACCUGGGCUCGAAUGGACUCUCCGGUUUGGAAGGACAUUGUGGAAUUCCACACUGAGGUUCUGAAGGUUUAUCCCGAACGUCUCUUCGCAUUCGGAUAUACAGGUGACUACGAUUUCGCCAAGGCUGGCUUUACCGAUGAACAAGUCAAGACUUUGCCCCAGGAUCUGGCCAAGAUGAGCAUCGUUUGGCAGGUUCAGCCAAUCUGGAGCCUGCAAGGCCUCAAUCAAGUGACGGAACAGUUUGGGAAAAUGUGGGCGGAAGAGGGAAUUGCUGGGUAUUUGAGAGAUAUCCAGGGCCCGGCUCUCUCCAGGCAACCCAUCACAGAUGGAUUUGAGAAGCUGAGCUGGUGUGGUGGUUAUUUGGCAGAUGCAUUCUUUGAGACAGUUGCGGGGCAGUCCAUCACUGAAUUGUAG